CCGCGCCCGGGUGCGCAGCGGAUGCGCUGCCCUGCGCUGAGCGGGGCUGAGCGCGGUGUCCCGCGGGAUACGGGGAACUGUCCUGGCCGGACAAGGAGUGGGGAGGUGGGGAACGGGCGCUCGAACCCCGCAGCUCGUGGGGAGAGCCGCCCCGCCAAAGGCCCCCCACGUUCCCCCUCGCCCCGGGUGGGUGAAGAGGCGCGGGUCGAGAACACGCGUGGACUCUCCGCAGGGGCUCAGCCCAGCCUGGUCCCCGGGAGCCGCUGCCGGCGCAGCCCGGAGCCGCCCCGCGGGGCUGUUCCGCGGGCUUGUUCUGCGGAGAGCGGCCGCCUCGACGGCGCGGGUGGACGGGCCGGGGUUUGGGCCCCGAUCAUGAAGAUCCCGCUGCUGGUCUCCACGGGAAUCCUGCUGGUCGCCCUCCUGCCCUGCCAGGAGUGCAGAGCUCUCAGCAAGAGCCCGGCACCCGCCCCCGGGGCUCUGCACCAGCCAGAUUUCUUCCAGCAACAACAGCAGCAGCAGCAGCAAACUCUGCCCGUCCUGCUCCGCAUGGGAGAAGAGUAUUUCCUGCGCCUGGGCAACCUUCACAAGAGACCCGUUGGCUCUUUCUCCGCCUCCUCCAGCAGCACCAGCCACCUACACCCCGAAGCCUCCGCCAGCAACUUUUUCCGGGCGGCGGUUCAACAGCUGCAGCAGCUGCCCGAGCGCUCGCCGGGAAGCCGAGAGGAGGGCGAAGCCGAGGGUGAGGCCGUGGAAAGGGAGAAGCGAUCCGAGGAGCCCCCUAUUUCUCUGGAUCUGACUUUCCACCUCCUGCGAGAAGUCUUGGAGAUGGCCCGAGCCGAGCAGUUAGCGCAGCAAGCUCACAGCAACAGGAAACUGAUGGAGAUAAUCGGGAAGUGAAACGGCCCCUCCCCGCCUUGCCAAAGAGAUUCCGCAGUUAGCACAAGAAUAAUUACACCGUCCGAUGUACCAUAGUGCUGCUCUGAUGUCAUCUCUUUAUUUUUAUAUAGCUUUAAACCUAGAAGGGUGUACUCCGAACAGCCUCUGUCCCUUGACUAGCAUGCACAACCGUGUACCAAGUGCAGAAACACGAGUGUCGUUCGUAACCUCCCCUACCUUUAUUUAUUUCUCCAUUUCCCAGUUAUUCUAGUGCCAUCGCUACGUAGGGAUGUGUGAGCAUUGGAAGAAAUGGUGCCAAGAAGACAGAAAACUUUUCUGCUGGGGGCAGGGAGGUGGGAGGGGGAAUCUCUGUAAGCUACUUUCAAUCCACUUUUUUUCCUGUAAACAUUUUCACAAUAAAACAUCUUUUCAGCGCUCGGUCGAUUUGGUUGUGUAAGAGAAUGUUUAAUAUUUAUAUUUUUAAUAAAAGCUGCAAAGUAAAGAUGA